AUGGUCGCCGACGCCGUCAUCUACCACCCCGCGGUGAGCCACUUCAACCGCUUUGUUGCGACGACUGUCGGCCGCGACAAGGUCCUCCGUACCCUCCAAUACUUCUCCCGCUUCCUCGCCUGGUACCUCUACCGCACGAACCACCCAGCAACCACAAUCGCGCACUUUGACGCGAUCAAGAAGAACUUCGGCUCCGUCCGCAAAGCCUUGCGUCUCGGGAAGUUCGUCGAACACUUCAAAGCCGCCGCCGUAGCUGCGGACUCUAAAGCGCUCGACCCGGUCCUCAAGUCCCUCGCCGUGGGCCGCCAGCUCGGUUACGCCACGUACUUGAGCUUGGAUGCGCUCUGUUACUUGGAUCAGACUGGGAUUUACAAGUUCAGUGCGGGCGCAAGGCUGCAGCAAGAGGCGUACAGGGCGUGGUUCGCUGGGUUGGCAUGUAAUGUUGCCGCAGGGCUUUACACACUUUACAACUUGACCCAGUUGGCGAAGAAGCAGCAGAGUGAGGGAGAUGCGGAGAAGAAGGUUGAGGAGAAGAAGUUGGAGAAGGAACGAGCGGCUACGCAGCUGCAACUCGUCUCUGACCUCGCCGAUCUUACGGUCCCGACUUCUGCUCUGGGCUUGAUCAACUUCGACGACGGUAUUGUGGGCUUGGCUGGUACUGUGAGCAGUUUGAUCGGUCUGCAGGCCGCUUGGGCCAAGACUGCGUGA